AGAGCGGAAGAGGGAAGUGUAGACGAAGAGAGCAGAAGAAGCCGGAGUCGAAGCCAGACCUGGGGGGGUCGGGGACGGCUGGGGACCCGGGGGAGGGGACUGCGGCGACGACGACAACCACAAGGGCUAACUGCCACCCGGUCCGGCGUGGGAAUGUCGAAGCACACGGUGUCGUCGGCCCGGUUCCGAAAAGUGGACGUGGAUGAGUAUGACGAGAACAAGUUCGUGGACGAAGAGGACGGGGGUGAUGGCCAGGCCGGGCCCGAUGAGGGCGAGGUGGACUCGUGCCUGCGACAAGGGAACAUGACAGCUGCAUUACAAGCAGCUCUGAAAAAUCCUCCAAUCAACACCAAGAGUCAGGCAGUUAAGGACCGAGCAGGCAGCAUUGUCCUGAAGGUGCUCAUCUCUUUUAAAGCUAAUGAUAUUGAAAAGGCAGUGCAGUCUCUGGACAAGAACGGUGUGGAUCUUCUCAUGAAGUACAUUUAUAAAGGUUUUGAAAGUCCCUCGGAUAACAGCAGUGCUGUGCUACUGCAGUGGCACGAAAAGGCACUUGCUGCUGGAGGGGUGGGGUCCAUUGUUCGUGUCUUGACUGCCAGGAAAACGGUUUAGUCCAGCAAGAAGUGAGCAUCUGCCACAGCUAUGGGAAUUGCUGGUACAAAGACCAAAACAGCCAAAUGCCACUGCUGCCCUGUGGGGAGCAUCUUCGUCUCUCAGCUUUGCCUUCUUGCUUCUUUUUUCAUAUCUGUGAAGGAAAAAAAAAUGCAUAUCAGUUUUUCUUUAGUUAAAAAUUGGGGUAAUGUAGAGGUGCAAUUUUGUUUUAGCAGGCAUAUUUGAUGCUCUCAAAACUGUUUCAGUCACACACACACACACACAUCUGUGUAUAAAAUGAUUUGCAUUCAAGCAUAUUUAUGCAGUUUUAACCCCCACUGGCUGGAUCUUUUAAGCUAAUAGAAAAGUAUUUGAUCAGAACCUGAGAGCAGUGUCUUAACACAUUGCCAAACAGAGGAGUAUACCUUAAAAAAAGAUGUUUGAGAGACUGGCAGCUAUUAACAUUGCAAAAGUGGACCAACUGCUAGUCAAGAAGAAUGUAUUACUGAAACAGAUUUUUUUUUUUUAAGAAAAUACACACCUUGCAGCUUUGGUUCUCUUUGCAUCCAGAUUAUCUAUGUUGUGAGUUGUGUGUUCUUUUUCUCAGCAUCUACUAUUUAUAUCUUCUCAGUUUCUUUGACUAUUGUGAGUCCAGAACAAGGGGUCAAAGUAUAGUCAUAAGUAUCUGCACAAUAUUAUUCCUGACUAGCAUAAACAUAAAGCUUUUGCCCCAGUGGAAUGGCCCUAUUUAAGGGAGCUGUGAUCCUGAUGGGAAUCAUGAUAUGAUUCAUGUCCUGGACAGCACCUGAAUAAAUGCUAUUUCCUACAAAAGGCAUAGUAGCUGCCUUGAACAGUAUGAAAUGUACAACUGGUAUGUGCCCUAUAGUUGUGUCUCUGAUCAGUGUUCUUCAGGUAGUUGGGAUCUCAAAAGAUUUGGUUCUGAUCCAAACAAAUACACAUUCCGUGUAAUAUUACAGUGUUUUGUUUUUAAGAGAAACAGCUACACAGCAAAAAGUGUUUACUUUGUUGGAUAAACCAAAUCAUUUCUCUCAAAAAUGACAGGUGCUUUAAAAAAGCUAUUCUUCAGGAACUCUAGAGCAAAUCACCUGGGACCACCUGAAUGCAUAUGACCAGGAGGGAAACCAGCCUAUAUCUAAUACUUACAUCCGACACCAGUUCACAUAUCAGUAACUUCUGUGAAAACUGGUGCAGAAUUUCAGAAAACUCUUUGCUGUUUUUGAUACCUGCUCUUUUUUUUUUGUAAAAAUGAAGUUCUGAAAAUAAAUUGUCAUUGUUGAAUAUUUUA